CUACUUACCUCUUUCAUGAAUAUGAAAAUGACUUGCCAGUUGUUAGCAUCCAUGGAAUGGGAGGCCAAGGGAAGACCACCCUCACUCAACUCACUUAUAACAAUAACAAGGUUAUGAGUUAUUUUGAUACAACAAUUUGGGUAUGUGUUUCAGAUGAUUUCAAUGCCAGAAGAAUGUUAGAUGAAAUGUACCAAUGCCUCGAGAAAAACCACUGCACAAGCUACAACUGAAGUAGCUUUGGUAGAAAAGUUGAAAGAGAAAGUCAAUGACAAAAGAUAUUUGCUUGUAUUGGAUGAUGUUUGGAAUCGUGAUAAGGCCAAAUGGGAUGACAUGAAGGGAGCAAGAUUUUGGCCACUACAAGCCAUGAAGAGGUUGCUUCUGCAAUGGGGACAUCCAAGUGUCAUAAACUUGGAAUACUUUCAAGAGAUCAGAGUUGGGAAUUAUUUGAGAAAUAUGCAUUUGCAGAAGGAGGUCCAACAAAGACUCAACAAUUUGUGGAUAUUGGUAAAAGAAUUUUAGAGAAGUGUGGAGGUCUGCCGUUAGCCAUCAAGACAAUAGCAUCUCUGCUGUGCUCUAAGAAAUCACAAUCGGAAUGGUCAAUGAUUGAACGAAGCAGGACAUGGA